AUGACGCUCGAAAAAUCCGUCGAGACGCCUCUUUCUGGCUCCUUUUCACACUCCCACCACGCACAUACAGACUCUCUGGUCAGCGUGCCACUCACAGACUCGGUUCUAAGCUCUCCAGUAGAACAAUCGACCCCAAGAAUUGGCGGUCACGACGAUGACGAACACAUGGCUGCUCUUCUCGCUCGCCUCGAAAUGGAAAACAACGCCCUCGCUACCGAUCCCAAAGCUGGUAUCACCACCGUAAACAUCUCCAACCACGAUCGCAAUGUUUCCAUGGGCGGUGCUUCGCUGCUCAGCCUACACAUUCCCAAGGAAGCCCUCGGCAUGAGUCUUGGUGACUUUUGGGCUUUCGUCACACGCGACUAUGAAGAGGCUUUGAUAUCCAUGCCCACCAUGACACCAAUCAUGAUACAUAAAGGAGUUCCUGACUUCUUAAGGCCGGUUGUUUGGGGUGGCAUUGCUGGUGCACGCGAAGAGAGACUCUACUCGGAGUUCGAUCGACUACUGGCACAAGUUGAGAGCGAGCCACCAACCUCGGACACUAUCAUUGACAAGGACAUUGGCCGCUGCUUCCCAAGUCAUCCUCUCUUUGCCCAGGCUGGCGGCGAGGGUCAGACUAUGCUAGGCCAAGUCCUGAAAUGCUACAACCUGUACGACCCAGAGAUUGGCUAUUGCCAAGGCAUGGGCUUUAUUGUCGGUAUUCUUCUCAUGAAGAUGGAUGCAAGAGACGCCUUCUGUGUCUUUGUCAGACUUAUGGAGAACCACGGCCUCCGCGACUCGUACUCACAUUCUCUUACUGGACUUCAUUCACGCAUAUACCAGUUCCAGCAAUUACUUACACCUUUAGCUACUAAACUGGUCUCACACUUCAAGGCCUUGGGUGUUGAAUUCGCCUAUCUUUCACAAUGGUUUAUGACCAUCUUCGCGACGACAUGUCCCCUCGAAACACUCUUCCGCAUUUACGACAUCAUUCUGGCUGAGGGCGCUGACGAGACCGUCAUGCGCGUCGCCUUGGCCUUGAUUCUGAAGAACGAACAGAAGUUGCUGGCUAUGGCUGAGUUGGAGGACGUAUUGCAGUUGCUACUGUCUCGCGAAAUCUGGAUGCCAUAUGAGAACAAUCCCGAUCAACUCAUCGAGGAGGUCACCACUCUCUUCAAGCAAGUUGUUACUCGCGACGCUCUCGACAAGCUAGGCAAGCAGUUCUUCAAGCAAGCUGAACGAGGCUCUGCAGACAGGACUGUACGCGCACUAGGCUUCACCAGCACUUACGGAAAUGCUUUCAGAUUAUUCGACUUCUGGUCGACAUCCAAGAGUGACUCCUUGUCGCCAGCUGCACCUCUUCGCCGCAAAGCAUCUGGACAAUCGCUUUCAACACUCAACUCCAUUUCUGGAAGUGGAGCUAGUAUGAUCAGCACUGACAGCUAUGCUAGCACUGCACCAACUGAAGUCGACGAUCUUGAAAGAGACAGUGCUACGCCGACCAAGCCUCACAGAUCUUUCAUCUCGCAAGACAGGAACUUGCACGAACAGGUAGAAGGUCUGUUGAUUGCUCUCAGCGAAGUUCAACGCGAAGCUGCUCAAACGGCGGCAAACCUGCAACGAGAGGAAGCAAGAGGAAUCAGAGCACAGGAGAUUGUUGGUGAUCUGCUUGAACUUCUCCGCGAGAAGAAGACGGUAGACGCCUAUCGCAGACAGCGUCGCACCACACUACCAUCCAGAAUCGACCACGAAAAGACUCGGGAAGAAGUUACUGCACUGAAAAGACAAUCCAACUUUGUCAGAUCAGUAACGCAGAGUAUCAUGGCCGACAACACGCCUGGCCAAGACAGAGAUGCUGGUCUUCAUUCGUCUCUACUCAAGUUGUGUGCUUUGUUUGAUGCUGAGACAUCACUUGACUCCGACAGUGGAUCCGAGACUGGAGAGACAGCGCCUUCGCAGGCACCUCUAGCGAGUGAGUACACCAUCAAGCUAGAAGCCGAGCUUGUCAAGCUGCGACAGCGAGUGGCUAAGGAUCGCGCGCACCGCCAUAAGAGGAGAACACUGGACUUGAAGGACACACGACUAUCUCUCAAAGGCGAUAUUCAAACUACCGAGUCGAUCAGAGUCCGUCGCUCUCUAUACCGUGGCCAUGGGAAGAAAGCUUCUCGCGACCUCUCAGGCUCUUUCCCAGACAUCACAAUCUCUGUCCCUCGCGUACGGCCUCACCAAACUCUCCCAUCUCCUCGCUCUGCAACUCAACAACAUCGCCCUGGACCUCCACUUCGCAUGAUCAGAUCCCAAGACGGAACCGAGAUCCGCGCAAAGCCGCAAAAAUUCGGUUCUGCCAGGAAAGCCACGGAGACUGACAUUGGAAGAGAAGGGUCUGGCUCGAUCACACCAACGACCAGUACAACAACAAUCCCCAAGCGCAACUCUUCACUGUCAUCCCAAAACAUUCUUUCCACGCCCUCUCACGCCCCACCAUCAGAUGAGACCCUGCUAGUCGAAUUAGUAGCAGCAAAAACCCGCGAAGCAACAGCCAUCCACGAAAACGAACUCUUGCAGAUCAGCCUCGACAAGACACGCCGACAGAUGGAGCAGCAAAGGGAGGAGAUGCAAGCUAAAAUCGAUGCCAUGGAAGCCAUGAUGAUGGCACAGAUGGAAGCACAUGAGAAUGAAAUGGAGAGAUUGAAGAUGAUGGUUCCGAGACCUGAUACACCGAGUUCUAUGGGACCUAGUCCGAUGAAUACACCGGAGAUGUUGGCGCCUGUUGCUACUGGGGGAGCUGGGGGAAAGGCGGGACCUUGGGGGUGGUUUGCUAAGGGGAGGAGUGUUAGUCACUCGCCUACCAUGUAA